CGCUCUUAGUAUUUCCGUGAGAGAUACAUUUUGGGCGGGAGUCUUAAACGUUAGUUAAGCACAUUGGCUUCCAGCAGCAGAGAAGAUGACUUGUGAAUAAUAAACACACAAACAAAAGCCGCACACAUGGAGGAAGUCCAGACACGAUUUAGAGAAGGAGUAUUAUCCCAUCUAGAACAGCUGGAGUCAUUGUCACAUAAUUUAUCCGUGAAACAAGAGCAGAAACGGCAAGAACAUGAAGCACUUGACAAGAUGAGGGAGACCAUUUUGAAACUACGGCUACAAAGGGAUGAACUCAAGGCGAAAGUUUCACAACAGAAACAACAGCUCCUGGCACUGAAAGUGGAAGAAGAGGUUAUCCCAGAUCCUGAAGAUGUAGCUGAGGGUGCCCAGAAGGCGGCUCUAGAGAUGAGACUGGCAGAAGUGAAGGGGAUUCUGGAGGCGUAUUGGCUGACAGGUAUCAGUGGCAAGAUGACAAAGAAAGGUGUGUGCAUUUGUAUCAGCACAGCCUACGAAGGGACAUACCUGGAUACAUAUAACCUGGAUUUGGUUAUGCAGCCGACCCCGAGAAUUGUUCAUCAUUCUGUCCCUCCCUUCAUUCCUCUGGAGAAGCUGGCAAAAACACAUUUAGAAAAGGACUUGAAACAAUUCCUUAUUGUUUUGUUUGAGCAUUUAAAUGCAUACGCUGGGAGGAAAUACCAGGCUGAUCAACUUCAGAUCUUUCCAGGUCCUUUCAUCUGUGGGACCCUGCAAAGGAAUUCGUUAUGCACUCUGCUCAGUUUUGAGUAUAACCUAAAACUAGAAGGCAGAAUUUACAACUUCAGUGCAAAACUGCAAUACUGCGACAUAACUCGUUGCCUUCCCACAAAGGCUGUUGUCACAUGUAACGAAAAUGUGCCACCUAUUCAAGAUAAACUAUCAUCCCACUCCAUCUUAUUCCAACAAAAACCACUUCAUAAAGCUCUUGAGAUUGUUAGGUCAGAAGAAGAAACCCUGAAUGGAACACAUUCAUCUCUGGUGGAGUGAUUUUUUUCAGUAUCUGAUCUAAGUAUGUGCUAUUAACCUCUUGACUGCUGGAAUGGGUAGCAACACACUCAAACACUAGACCUUUUAGCCUUUUCUUACAGCAAAUGAGAAACCAGUGCCAAAAGACAGAAAAUAUCAUUGGUGUUUUGUGCAAACUGUUUACUGUAAAGCUAGUGAGCUACUAUAUACUAUAGAACUGGUAAACUUUAAGGAUUUGUAUUGUAUUGUGUGGAGCAAAAACCAUAACAUUUCCUUAACAAAAAAAAAGAAAAUGGA